ACGUAUUUUGUCUAUAAACCAAAGAAUGUAUAUUAGUCGAUAUAAUCAUCCAUGCAUAAAAUUACUAUUAAUUAAUGCACAUCAUGAUGUGCGCCUAUCAUGACUUCUUAGUGACUGCACUUGGGAGUAGGAUGUGUUAUUGGUCUCAGCUAUGUACACAGAUAAAAUUCGCGUAACCAGACUGUAACGUGUAGAUAAUGGUAGGAGUUCAAGUGUCUGUGAUAUGAAAGUCCAUUCAGUUUGAACAUCUUUAGCCAUGGCGGAAGGACUUCGUUACAAGGAUAAGGUUACUAUAGUGACAGGAGGCAGUAAGGGAAUUGGGCGUGGUUGCGUCGAGGUGUUUGUUCGGGCUGGAUCAAAUGUCGUAUUCUGUUCAAGAGGAGAUGAGAUGCAAGGCAUAAAGACGACGUAUCACGCGCAAGAUCCCUGUCUCUACCCCUUAGAGGCGGAGGGGCGGGAGCUGGAAACCCAGAUGAACGCUGAGGGUCCAGGAAGUGCAGUGUUCGUGCGCUGUGACAUGACCAGUGAGGACGACAUCAAGAAUUUGAUAAACACUGCAGUUAAGAAGUUUGGAAGAAUCGACUGUGUUAUAAAUAACGCCGGGCAGCAUCCUCCAGUAAUGCGAAUUGACGACAUCUCGGCGGAUGACUUCAAGAGCCUGCUCAACGUUAACCUCGUCAGCUACUUCCUCGUUGCUAAGUACUCCUUGCCGUACCUGCGACAGACCAAGGGAUGUAUUAUUCAGGACUCGAGUCUCGUGGCGGACAUCGGACAGCCAGGAUCCUGCACCUACGUCGCCUCAAAGGGUGGUAUCACGUCUCUCACCAAAGCGCUGGCAAUAGAUGAAUCUAUACACGGUGUACGCGUCAAUACGUUUUCUCCCGGGAACGUGUGGACGCCGAUGUGGGAGGACGGCGCUAACAAGACACCAGAUCCGGAGAAGUGCCGCAGAAACGGAGAAAACGCCCAGCUGCUGGGUCGGUUUGGGACGAUCGAGGAGUGUGGGCGGGCGUGCCUGUUUCUAGCCGCCGACGCCACUUUCUGUACCGGCAUCAAUAUCCCUCUCACCGGCGGCGCCGAGCUCAGCUACGGGAUGAAGAACCAACUUGCCAAGGACUCCGCGGACUUUGUAUGAGAUGCGGACGUAACCGAUAGUGUAAGCUGAGUGCGUGUUCUGUUAAUUGUUCAUUGUGUGCUAUGUCACCAUUGUACUUCAAACGAAAUAAUUGAAUAAAUAAGUAACAUAUCUUAUCGAAACCUUUUCAACGUUUCAGGAAAGAGGUGAUAGAAACUUGGUACAUUCGGAACUGACUUGUUACUGAUGUUUUUUUUCAUCAUUUUCUGCUUGUUUAAAUAAACAUGAAUUUAAGACCUAC